AUCGCAUUGCCAUAUCGUGUGGCAGCUUCCUGACUCGGGCGCUUGUUGAUUGUACUUUGCUGACCCUCUUGCUGCAUUACAAGUAUCGCCCGAAACCCUCCUCGUUCGCCGUCCCGGUCGUCCUGCAUUCUCGUUGUCCUGCCAGAUCUUCUAUUGAUUCGACCUCUUUUUAAUCAGACUACGCGUGAGAACCGAUAUACAGGACUCGCGCAUCAUGGGCUUGUUUCAGGGGCUUAAGCGGGCGAGAGAUGAGGAUGAGGAAGAAGAGUAUCAACACAUGCACUUGGACAAGAAAGCAUGCAACACACCACAAAUUUUCACUCCUGGCCUCCUCCUCGCCUGCUCCAUCUCUCUCCCACCGACCCCUCUCCUCGACUUCUAUCCCACCCCCAUUUCCGACUCUGCACCCCAAUCCUACUUCACGACCCCAAACGCCAUGGACAUCGACUCAGAAACCGACUCCGACGACGACAACGACGUCCCCAUGACUCCACCGCCUCCCCAAUCACGCCUCUCCCCACCCACAUUCAUCCGUCCAACCCGUCCGGCCCGCCUGGACGCACAGAAACUCGCAAACCCAGCCGCAUCCACAGGCCGCCUUCCCACGCCCAUCGCCGCGACCAACACCGACAGCACAUCCCUCCGCCCUCCGCUCCCUCGCGCCCGCACAUCCCCCGCGCCCCUCCGUCUCCCCGUGCGCGCUCUCCGAAACAGCGCGCUCGCGUUCGACGAUACCGGUCUGCCCUCACCGAUCAGUGAGAACGAGCCGACGACGCCGGGAUGCUCGGCGGAGAUGUUGUUGGAGCGCAUGAAUGUGUUUGGCAGCGUGGAGGGCGAUGCCAGGUGUGCGGUGCCGAGGCGGAGGAUGCGCAGUGGGGCGGUGUCGGCGAGAGGACGGUGGGAGGAAGGCAGGAGGGAGGACUGUGAGCGGUGUCGGGAUGGGGUGAAGGGGCAUACUGGGCAUUUUGUUGCCAGUUGAGGUGGGAAUGUGGGGUGCGAUGUGGAUUUUUUAAUGUGGUAUGAGGUCGGAGGAGUAAUGUAUGAUGGUCUGGGCUGAUUGUUGCUGGUGAUUCUUUUUGAAGGGGCUAUCCUGCUGCUUGCGGUGUUGCUGUUGGAUUCGGCCGUGACGCAGCGUUUGACUGACAUGUGGAUGUACGAAGGGUAUGUUUGCGCUCAGGCACCGCAAUAGAUCCAACGCCUUUUUCACGCUGGUUCUUCACGUGCCGUGCCGCCCCUACCUGAACAUGUCAUAUCUCGGCCACUGUGAUGUAGAUAUUAAAUGGGUUGAUGUUUAUAGCAUGCUGUAGAAAUUUACUUGAUG